CUGCAGCUAUGGCACAGCUUUAGUACUUUAAAUGCCCUGGUAAGGGUCAGCUGGCAUUUCAUGCUAAGCGCUGCUCCUGGGUGACAUGUUGAGAGGGUACCUGAGCAGUCGUAUCUUUGCAUUUUCUCCUGCCCGAGUAAAAUGCCGUCAGUCUGUAUGUACUAUAGUAACACACGGAGGUCCAGACUGCUGCCUUCUCUCCCGUGGCUACUACUCCCCCAUCACCUUUAUCCUUCACUAUGACUCAUUGCCACUGGCACUUAAUUCCUAUCCCCGAAUGCACCUGCUGCCUGCUGCACUCCCUCACUCCCUUCCCCCACAAUCUGAUCUAACCUGAACUUUCCAUCCCAGCCACAAGUGGAGUUCCAGUAGCAGCUUCUAGUGGUCACCUGUAAAAGAGGACAGCUAACGCAAGCUAAAACGGAUUUAGUACAUCAUCUCGAGUUCUCCCUAUAGUUUAUCUAGGAGUCAUCAUCAUCCGUAUGUGCAGUGGCAUUUUGGACUAGAGCAGAGAUGAGCGGGAAAGCUGCAGCUGCGACGUGGAGGUGUUGUUAACUGCGCUGCUGGACAAUCCUGUGGGCGCUUCUUGCUAACUGAAGUAAUCUCCUGCACCCCCUGAGCAAGUCUACUGUUUGCACUACUUAACACAAGUGUGAAAGCAAAGGCUGGACAGUGUGGGAUAAGCUGACUGGCUACAAACGAGGGGAAAAACAACACAGGGAACUACCAGUGAAGAGCUCAAAUCAAACUUUCACUCAGGAGGUAAAAGGGGCAGUGAAUCCGUGGAGUGGUAGCGACCGAAUAGACCCCCGAAUCUGUCACACGAAAACUGUGGACUUUACUGAUGUGUUAGUGUUUGAGCACUGCUGGAUAAACAUCCACCUUAACACAAGGCACCUUUUGAAAAGAAGAAGAUGACUGAUGAAAGCAGGAAACGGGAAGUAAACGGACAACUUUUAAUUUCAGGUGCUGAUUUAUCAGCUUUCCAGGGCAUGCCUUAUGAACUUUAAGCAGUGCAUUCUCAGCCACACAUCUGAGAACCAAACACAUUGCUAAAUGACCAAACUCUGGACACUGGGUAUCAUUUAGUCAGAUCAUAUAAAAAAACAGAGUUUGUUUUACAGUACCGACUCACUAUGCACUGUGUACGUACAUCGGAAUAUUACCAAAGUGUCACUUUCUUUAUGAUAGAACAAUAACUUUUCACUUUCAGUUUUGGGAUACAUUUCUUAAAAAUAAGUCUUGUGCACCAUUUAGUCAAUCAGCUUCAUAUUUACACUCACUUAAAUUUAAAAGCAAGGCAGAAGUGAGUCACAAUGCAUUUUUCUAGUCUGCUGCAACUGCAAGCCUUCUGGGUUAUGGUAUCCUCUACAUUACAGUACUUCCCAUCAUCAUGGGGCCACUAUGAUGUAUGUAAAACAGAAAUCUAUUCUGAAGAAGGAAAGAAAUGGGACUACAUGGCCUGUCAACCGGAGUCUACUGAAGAGAUGAGCAGAUACCAGAAAGUGAAGCUAGACCCUUCCGAUAUUACCUGCGGUGACCCACCGGAGACUUAUUGUGCAUUGGAGAACCCUUACAUGUGCAAUAAUGAGUGUGAUGCCAGUACUCCUGAACUAGCACAUCCUCCUGAACUGAUGUUUGACAGAGAAGGUCGAAAUCCAACCACAUUUUGGCAGUCAACAUCAUGGAAAAAGUACCCAAAGCCUCUUGUUGUCAACAUUACUAUGUCAUGGAACAAAACAAUUGAACUUACAGAUGACAUAGUAAUCACAUUUGAAUCUGGGCGGCCAGAGCAAAUGAUCCUGGAGAAGUCCCUUGACUAUGGUCGAACAUGGCAGCCUUAUCAGUUUUAUGCCUCUGACUGCUUAGAAGCUUUCCACAUGGAAGCAAAAACUGCUCAGGAUUUAACACAGCAAAGAGUGUUAGAUAUCAUCUGUACAGAAGAUUAUUCCAGAGGAUAUGUGUGGAAAUAUGACAAACAUGUCCGUUUUGAGAUCAAAGAUAGAUUUGCACUCUUUGCAGGGCCUCAGCUUCACAAUGUGGCCUCUCUUUAUGGUCAGUUGGACACAACCAAGAAUUUGAGGGACUUCUUCACCAUCACAGAUAUAAGGAUUAGUCUGCUGAGACCAGCUACUGGUGCAACAGUUAUAGAUGAGAAGAAUUUAUCACGUUACUUUUACGCAAUAUCAGAUGUGAAGGUGCAUGGAAGGUGCAAGUGUAACCUUCACGCCAAUACCUGUGUCUUUGAUGGCAACAAAUUGACUUGUGAAUGCGAACACAACACCACCGGGCCUGAAUGUGGCAGAUGCAAGAGAAGUCAUCAGGGUCGAUUUUGGAGCCCUGGUUCAUACCUGCCUAUCCCAAAGGGAACUGCAAAUAUCUGUGUUCCCAAUAUAUCCAGUAUCGGUAACUGCGAAUGCUUCGGGCACUCCAAUCGGUGCAGUUACAUCGAGCUGCUAAACACAGUCAUUUGCGUGAGCUGUAAGCACAACACUAGAGGGCAGCACUGUCAGAUAUGCAGGCUCGGCUACUACAGAAAUGCUUCGGCAGAGCUGGACGAUGAAAAUGUAUGCAUAGACUGUAAUUGUAACCCCUUUGGCAGUAGCCAUGGCCGCUGUAAUGACUCGGGAUUUUGUGAGUGUAACAAUGGAACGACAGGGCCCAAAUGUGAGUACUGCCUGCAGGGAUUUUUCUGGAAAGAGGACAGGGGCUGCAAACCAAAUGUGUGUGACAAUGAACUACAGCGCUGCCAGAAUGGAGGCACUUGCCAAAACAACAUGCGAUGCCAUUGCCUUUCAGGCUACUAUGGCAUUCUCUGUGAGAAGCAUCAUUGUGAGAAGGAGACAGGUGGCUGUAGUACAGAUUCUGGACAGGAAGCAGUACUGACGAGUUCUUCCUCACUACUCAUUGGUGUUCUAUGUGUACUUAGGUUGCUUACAAUGUAGGCAUUGUGUAACAUGGCUUCUGAUACAUACCACUGAUGGGAAUGCGCCCAAUGAAAGCAAGAUACUGAUCCUUCGCUGCAAAAGAAAAAAAAAAGCUACUCACAAUAAAGGCUGGCGUGAAGUAAGCCAUAUUAACCAAUUAUGGACAUCAUUCGGAGUCGAGACUGUUACUUGCAGAAUCGAGACAAGCUGGCAGCUGCUAUAUAUUUUAUCUGCAAACUGAAUGCUAGCUGCAUUACUCAAAUUGGAUUUAGAGUCCCAAGAGCCUCAAAGAGAAACUUAAUUGGCUGCUACAAUGUGGCAAAUGGUUACUCUACAUAAUAAUUGUAGAACCAGGUCAGGCAUUCUUUGCUGUCAUUGCUUUGUGGGUAUUUACAAAUCUGACUAAACUGCCACUCUGACCCGCUUCAACCCCUGACGUCCUUUUAGCCUGUGCUUUAGUGAACUCUGAUCUCUUGUUGGUUUGAAAGAUUUCUGUCUGAUGUCAGUGAUGCACAUGUUUACCAGCCCCAAACAGUUAACACAAGCUACGCAUCACCUUGUGUAUCAUAGCUAAGCCCUCUUCACUAAGAUGCUGCUAGCCACCUGAAAUUCAUGUAUUUAUCUUUUUGUAUUCAAAUGAUGUUAUUUUCUUGAAGCAAUGUAUCAUGUAGAAAAGUUCUUUUGUAUUAAUGAAAAAAUUGUUUUAUGGAUGAUCUAUGAAGUAUCAAAUUCUAAGCAAAUAUUACUGUUAUCAUUGUUUGUUUGUGAAUGAACUUGUUAAGAUAUUAUUCCGUAUGGGCAAUGUACUGGCAUCAAAGAAUACUGGUUUACAUACAGAUAAAAAUCUAUAUAUAAUAUAAAUAUGUACACAGCAAUGUAAUAUGAUUUCACCAAAGGACAUUUUAAAAGUUUUCUUCUAACACAGAAUAUGAUAAAAUCAUACUUGCGCUCUAUAAAUCCUACUAAAACAGCUUGUUAGGACUUGAAAUGCAACAGGUCACUACAUAGUACUUCCACUACCCAGUCUUUGUCCAUGGGUACGGUUUCAAACUAUAGCAGUACUGGAUGGCAUAUCUGAGUGGAAAAUGGCAGAACAGUAGAAAGAAUUAUUACAACCCCACAUCAGUUCAAAAGAAAGCAGCAUACUUCUUAAGCAAAGAUAACAUUUGUGCUUGAAUAAGAAAUGAAAGAAAUAUAUGUUCAGCUUGAAAAAGAAAAGUCAUCCCAAUAUCACGUGCAAAUUAUAUUAUCCUACCAUGAUAAAAACAAUACAAAUAUAUUAUUUACCUUUUACUGUCUACAAUUUAGAAGGGGAAAGAAUCAGGUUAAAUGAGAAAGGCAUAUAUGUAUCUGUGUUUUUCAAUGGCUUGUAACUCUCCCUCUACAAUCAAUGCGGGUCAUGUCUGUUUACAGAACACACAACUGUAUUGAAGAUUAAUGAUUACUGCAAAGAAAUUUGUUUUAUUAUCAUUAUUCUAAGAAAAAAGUAUGUAUAUAACUGGGAAACUAUCAUAUGGGCAGAGGAUAGAAGGAAGUAUAUGGUACUUUAUAACAUCAUGUGCUAAAUUCAUGUUUAAUCUAUGAUGGAAUGUGUCCAAAUUAAGCAAGUAUAUUCAGAAUGCUGCCUCAGCAAAUAAAGAUUAUGGUUAGCUUUACCAACAGCA